UCGUUUUCUAGUUCUCUGUAUGUGGAAUUUUAUCCCCAGCAACGCUGGAUCGGUUGUCGCUCAACACAGCAGGGUGUUUCUCGUUUAGAAGCGCCAGAACUUUUCGGUCACAUAAUUAGUUUUUCCUGCGCAGUAACUACGUACGAUGAGUCGUGCUGUUGCACAGAGCCGAACCAAGAAUGUUGCGAACUCGGUCACUAAAAGUAUGAAAAGUUGUCGUAUUUUUACCUGCGCCCUCGGACUCGGUUGCAGCAUGCAUGAGCUUUCGGUUUCUACUUCACGUUUUCAUCGUCUUGUCAUUGUGAUGUACAAUUAUCUGCAGGAUGUUCGGAGUCGGUUGAUCUCAAUAGGAUAUGAACACGAAGUAAGUUCUCAGUAUGUCAGCGUCAGGGCCUCUUGCUCUUGCAUGUACGAACCUGUCUCUUUUCGUUCUACAUGUAGUUUUUCAAAUAUAAUCAUGUUACCAGGCACCCCACGAGGAUUUGAACCCACCAUAUAUUUAUAUUUCAUCUUCAGUUGUUUCGCAAACGCAUUCACAUUCUCGUAUUUUCACCUAGCAGCAUUAAUCUGCAAUUAAUAUGGAGCAGAUCCAGGUGGAAGUAGGUGUGCAACUUUAUUGUCCUGUUUGAAUUUCGUGCGUAGAGGUAGAUCUAAGUACAAAUAGCGGACCGGAGCCUAUGUUUCGGCUAUUAUGGACGAUGCGAUGCAGUUUUUCUGAAGUUUUUGGCAGAGGUGAAAAUGCCGGCGCGAGCGCGACGGCCUCCAUACAUUAUCUGGAGCAAGAAAACCUGCAAGAGCUAACAUGAAGAAUUUUUACUCUAACUAGGAAUCAUAGUUGAUCUGGUGCGCUGCCGGUACAACAGAAUACAACGAACCGCGGGUGGUGUGAGGACAACGUCACCAAGACAAUCGAUAGAAGCAGAACGAGUACUACCACUAUGCUGCGGCAGGACGAGUUGGUCAUCAAGUCCAGCCCGGACCUGCUUCCCACCGAGGAGGAGGUCCAGGAUUUUGUCCGCCACUGCCACAAAAAGGACCUGAACCUUCUUGCCGCGUCCGUCGGUUGGGCACCGGAGCAAGCUUCGUUGUACGAUGGGGAGGAUCCGUUGACCCACCCCUAUUACCCUGUCAUGUACAACACGGCUACCCGGAUAUUGUGGCAAGUGAAGCAGGACAAUCCGAGCCUGAUUCCGAAGAAUUACCAGCUGACAUCGUCCGUGGUAAGUAGUACAGGAGCUUCUUCACCGAACAAUAGCAGCGCGAGAAAUUACACGGUCACCGGGAAUGUUAAAAAUAACUACCACCAACAGCGGGGGCUGUAUGACGAGAAUGCACAACUACUCUCCCGCCUCCCCCCUAUCUGUAUAUGCAAAGCGCCGAGCCAACAUCAAUGUCAAUCACAAUCUUGUAGUUCUUGAUCUUGCCUUAGUUGAGUUGAAGCACUCUUCUAGUGACAUCAAAUUUUAGGACCUCUUCAAGCAGUAAGUACUACAAUCGAAUCCGCGUACAGAUUUGUCAUGAUCAUGUGGAUGCCCCUUUAUUUCUGCUGUUGCUUGUGAUGUUGCUGCUCAUGCGUAGUUUUAAAUGAAAGGCGAAGGAGAGUUCGUUGUGCACACUGAUAGGCUGACGGUGGACAGCAGUGCGAAGGAGGUUGUCGUCAAGAACUUCAAGUCCACAACCAGAAAAGCUGUCGAUAAUGCGAACAACACUGCAGCGGGUUCUGUGGGUGUGAAUGCAAAAAAGGAUGGUACAAGGACAUCCACUUCUAGCCUCGGGACGAACAAGCGCGGCGCAAUCACCAGUGGAGGUGGUGCUGCAGAUACGACUCCAUCACUAGGAACAACUACGACGAGGACGUCACGAACUAGUACGAAAAAUACUUCUGCGAAUGGAAAUGAAAAUAACGCUGGCCGCACUCUUUCUUCUACUUCCCCCGCCAGCACGAGCGCUCUACCAUCCUCCCGAGCAUCUUCGUCCUCGUCUGGCGCUGGCAACGAUUCGGCAACUACCUCCUCCAGACGCACAAAUUAUACUUCGACGACGCAGCAGUCCACCACCGCCAGCAGCGGUGGCGGCUCCGCGUCCGGGGGAGGCGGGCUGUCGAGGUUUUUCCCGUUUCCGCGGCGGAGUAAUGCAGGAGCUUCUACACACUCACACAAGGACCAAAAUAGUAUUAAAACAGCAGCGAAUAAAGUUGAUGUGGCCGGAGUAGAACAGAAGCAGAGUAGGACUACUAGCACUACAACAAACGGAACCUCUAAGAACUUCGAGGGAGCAGCAGCUGCGAAUGGCACAACACUAACACAGUCACAGGCAUAUAAUACUAGAGGACCCACCUUUUCGUCACAGGAGCUAGGUACACACCAACAGUCUGCCGAUGCGAAUAUCAUAAUUUCACCGGCACCGGCUAACGCUGGUACAAACCUCGAUAAUUCGGCGCAGCCAACAAUCGACCAAGACGAAGUCAUUUUCUACACCGAAGAUCCUAUAAACACCAAAAAACGGCAGCAACUGAUCGAGAAAGCCGAGGAGUGGUUGCGGAAAGCGCUCCAUUACCGGGAAGACUACCGGCUCACGCAUAUCCAGAAGGAAGACGUCCCCACGACCUUCCGCCCAUAGUUCUUGUCAUGCAAAUCUGCAUCCUGAAAAAGAAAAACAAAAGAAAAUGCUUCUCAUGUGGAGCCCCAGGGGAGGCAUGACAAGCUGCUGAUGCUGAAUCUGUGAUCAUGCUACUGCACUUCUACCUAAACACGACUACGCUACGAUCUCAAAUUUGUCAACGCACCAGCCACAAGCUGUUGACUUGUCUAUAGCAGAUUUCAUAUCAUGUUGGGGUGGGGACGACGUUUUUGCUCAGGAUGACGCAGUAUCAAGUGCAAAAAUGUCUGGGUCUGGAAGAAUUCACGUUUGUCAUGCGUGUCUGGCAUGACCCUUAAAUCUGUCAUGCACGUUUAAUACACAAGAGCUCCGUUUUUCUGCGAUGCAGAAGCGCAGUUUGUCAUGCAGAAUACGCAACACCUAGGAGCUCAGAAACUUGUCAUGCUGAGCCAGCAUUUGUAGCCUCAUCAUGAGACGCCACCCAGCAUCACAAGACAUUUUUACUUUUGAUACGCAGAAUCUCUUUUCGCAGACCGCCGGCACCGAAUACGUCCAGGUUUUUCGCACGUUUUUUCCGAUCGCCUUCACUGGCCGCGCGAAGAAGGGCCACGCGGUGUUCUAUGUGCGGUGCGGGUUCGCGGAUUUUGGCGCGUUGCAGAAGCUGGAUCAGGAAAUCGUGAUCCGCUCGUGGUUAUGCAGACUGCAAAUAUCGAUCUGGGUCUGGAAAAAUGCAAGUUUGUCAUGCAGCUUGUCUCACAUGUUGACUGUCUUGAAUCUGUAAAAAUAAAUGGUGCGCGAGUAGCAGUCAUGGAGCCUCUUCCCUGUCAUGAAGAAAUGCAGUUUGAAUUGCGGAAAGCAAAACACAAAGGAGCGGAGAAUCUUGUCAUGCGUGGCCAGGUAUUGCAGCGCGCCGGCGCCCACCAUUCACGAACUUUCAGCAUCACAAGUGUCAUCCGGAGAACCCAGAUGACAUAUUUGCAUUUGAUACUAGCUCCGUAUUUACGAGUACUCCGCAAGCGUACAGUUGCGGAAGAUCGGGGAGGAGCGGAACGCGGCGUCAGACAGGACGUUGAUCGUGGUAGAUCUCACGAAUAUGAAGUCCUAUCUUUCCCACGCGAACUAUCUGCGGAAAUUCCUCGCCUCGGUUGAGGCGGUGAUGAAGUUCUGCUACCCGGAGACCGUCGAGUAUGCAAGAAAAAAACUACCGUGCUAGAAGUGUUGUAAAGAAGUCUGUAAUGCAGUAGACCAUGCAACAUAGUUGUACACAGUUGUUACAAUUGUCAUGCUAGCCAGCCAUAAAGUUGCAUUUUGUAUGUGUUUUCACGUACAACUGGCUGCGCAUGACAGGCCUUCUCUGGUGUCAUGCAGAGAACAGAUGAUCUGUCAUGCCCUGAGACACCCACUUACACUAUACGGAGUUUUUUUCUGGGAUAUGGAGCAAAUUUUGAUCAUUCACAUGCACUGGGUGAUCCGUGCGCCGUUGAACGCGUUUGGGCAGCUGUUUCUGCACCCCGCGACCUUUCACAAAAUCAAGUUCCUUGCGUCGACCAAGGAGUUACAUAAUUGGAUCGAGCCGAAGUACAUACCCGCUUUCCUCGGGAAUGGCGCGCUGAACACAAGCGUGACACUGGAUCCCUUAACAGGCCGGUACAUCGGGGGUGACGACUGGGAGUUCGCACUGUCCCGCAGCGGCAUCCAACUUGUUCCCGGUAGUGCGGUCGGCGGCGGCGAGGGGACGACGCUUUCAGGGAGCGUGAUUAAAACACCAAAAGUGGGGUCGUUUUCCACAACAACUCCUGCGGCCGUCGCGGCGACCACAGGUACAGGAGGGGCACAACAUGCACAGCACCAGCAGGGCGGGAAUGAUUAUAGAAAUGGCAAGAAUGGAAAUAAUUAUCACACACACGCGAGAGUAUCGACCUCGCGACCACCCACAAAUGAAACCGAGGACUACUACAAGUAUCUCUACACAACCUACAAAAAACCCUAUGACAAACACGCCGGCGUUGUGCCUCAUCUUCGUACUAGCAGAAUAAUAGGAAGUAGUAGGGGCGGAUCUUCUGGACUGGCUCGGCCGUCGGCGGCACAAGGAGCAAGUGCAGUUGUAGCGCAAGAAGUGGAAGUACAUCAAAACAAUUCGCACCAAAUAUUAAACAUGAAACCGAACACGACAAACAGUCCGAAGCUACCGUACCUAACCACAAACGGGGUGAACUCUCUUUCCUCCACGACGGUCUCCUCCCAUUUGACCCAGGUGGAUCGCGACAGGAGCAAUUCGACCAACGAAACGUUUGUCACGGCCUUGGAGCACCCGAUUGUGCCGCCGGGGGCUGGUGUGAUGGCAAGUAAUGGAGGUCGUGGUCCUUUUGCAGAUGGAACAAGUAGAACAACUGUCGGCGGUCGAAAUUUCAACACCAGAAACAGCACUUCUGCUACCUCCCCCUUAGACGACUUUCUCUUCGAGAUGGACGCUACCGGGAAGGAGAUUCAGGACAAGACAAAGGAUAUCCACCGCAAACAUGUCUCGGUCUGGACGAAAAAUGCAGACUUUUGCGAUGCAAGUCUCGCAUGACCAUGAGAUGACCUACACCCAGAGUGUCUGACAUGCAGGGACCAGCAUCAAGGGUCUUCGAGGGCUUCACGAAGAUGCCUACUCUGCUGCACCAGAAAUUAUCCGCUCUCGCCAUGGCAAAAACUAGACAACUACUUUUCCUGUUUUUCAUGCAAGACAGAUUUUUGUGUGCUCUGAAAUGCGCAUCACAAGUUGCAACCUGUUCUAGACCCAGACAUAUUUGCACUGCAUAAAGGAAAUCCUCGGGCUGUUUCUCGAGGACACCACCGAUGGAGACGAGAAGGAAAGCCAAAGCGGAGAAAUAUCAAACAAAAAAAAGUUUGUCACGCUCACUCAUGCGCGUUUUUGUUUUUGCAAUACAAAAUAAAAAUUUUCUGUCAUGCAUAAAAAUGCAUCACAGCCAAACUUCAAAAGGGAUUUUUUCCCUAGUGCUUCUGCAAUGCAAGGAAAAGUUGUGAUGCCAGAAAAAUUUGUAAUGCAAAGCCUGCAAGUUAGGGACGUGACUGUGACAAACUUUUUGCUCUCCAUAGGAAAGCUUCGAAGUGUAGUAACAGUAAGCGCCACCUGUUAACAGGGGGAGGACAGUAGGCAGCUUGAGCAGCUUCAUCCAGGUUAUUACACAGACUCAGAGUUGGAGUUCUACUUGUGGAAGAUAGAACAUGAGGGUGACCGCGUUACUGUAGGUACGGUACUACACGACUUUGGUAUUCGAGUCUCCUAGGACAAGUGCGCUUCUUCUGCCGCCACUGCACCUGCAUCGCCCCGGAGCCUUCUCUACUUUGUCGUAUGCUUGGCUCUGUUUCUGCGUGGUACCUGGUUCCGCUCAGCUGCAAUAGGACGAGUUUUUGUUUUUAUAUAAGAUUAGUUCAUGGUACUUUAUUAUGAACUUGAAUACCUUGUCCAGCGCCAGAGCCUCUGUCUACAUGUUGACCUGUUUAUUUCCCAUUGGUUAAUUUGUUCCCGCCAUGUUCUUCUUGUUCUGUAUCUUUUCACCGGAGUUGCUUCUAGACGCCCUGUGCAUCUGUCACAACCAGUGUGCAUCCGCACUACAAGGAGAAAUAAGAUAUAAAGAAACUGGAAAAAUUUUAAACAGAAGACUAACCACAAGAACGCCCUGAGAUUGUAGUCUCUGACCGAGACUCGACAGUUCUUCGUAAGAAAAACAACACGACCAGUUGCAGAAGCCCGU